CUACCCGGCAACAAAUCCAUUCCAAGAGAUCGGUCUCUGCACAGGAAUACUCUGCUCUACCAUGUCGUCUCUUCCACCGGCCCUUAACUUCCCCGACGCCGAAGUCAAAAUUUGCGAGAAAUGGAAGGAAGAGGAUAGCUUUCGCCAACAAAACAGGCUCAGCGAAGAACGCGGCGACRAAGUGAGUCGGGKCCGCGCACAGCGUUCGAGUUAGGCUUGAAACAAGCCUAUCGUGGGAUCGGUGUCUUGCUCUCUGGAUCGAUCCGACUCUCAAACAAUUGCAUCCAUCUCACACCGCAUCCCAAAUCUUUGUUUCGUUGUUUCAAUUGCGUUUGCCUUUCUCGUUUCCGUUCGGAUUUCCUAUGAAACGAAAACAAACGAAAACAAUCCAACAAACCACAGGAAUUCGUGUUCUUCGAUGGACCUCCCUUUGCCACCGGUCUGCCGCACUAUGGUCACAUCCUCGCCGGUACCAUCAAGGAUACCGUAACCCGGUACGCCGCCAUGACCGGCAAGCGAGUCGAUCGACGAGCGGGAUGGGAUUGCCACGGCCUGCCGGUCGAACAAGAAAUCGACAAGAUGCUCAAUAUCAAAUUUCGCGACCAGGUCCUGGAGAUGGGAAUCGAUAAAUACAACGAAAAAUGCCGAAGCAUUGUGCAGAGGUACACCUCGGAAUGGGAAACCACCGUGACCCGAUUGGGACGAUGGAUCGAUUUCGAAAACGACUAUAAGACGAUGGAUCUCACCUUCAUGGAAUCUGUGUGGUGGGUCUUCUCCCAGCUAUGGGAAAAGGACAUGGUCUACCAGGGUUUCAAGGUCAUGCCCUACUCGACCGGAUGUUCGACGGUGCUGUCCAAUUCGGAKGCUAGCUCAAACUACAAGGAYGUCAGCGACCCAGCCGUGGUCGUGGCCUUUCCCAUUGUCGGCGACGAGGACAUGAAGGGCGUGUCGCUCAUUGCCUGGACGACCACGCCGUGGACCCUGCCCUCCAACCUGGCGCUCUGUGUCAACCCCAAAAUGGAAUACGUGCAGUUCCUGGACAAGAAAAGCGGCAACCGCUACGUGAUGGCCAAGACACGACUCCCGCAGAUCUAUCCCAUCAUGAACAACAAGAAGAAGUGGAAGCCCAAGAUGGCCGACGAUUUGUACGCCAUCGAGAAGACCAUGCUGGGAGCCGAGCUCAAGGGCAAGCRGUACCAGCCGCUGUUUGACUUUUUCGAGGGGCCCGAAGCGUAUUUCCAGGUGGUCACCGACACGUACGUCACCGACGACGCCGGUACGGGAGUCGUUCACCAGGCUCCGGCCUUUGGAGAGGACGAUUUCCGCGUUUGCAUGGCGAACGGAAUCAUCCAAAAGGGCGUGGAUUUCCCCUGUCCCGUAGAUGCCGAUGGUCUCUUCACCGACGAAGUCUCMAUCACAAAGGGCGUGCACGUCAAGGAAGCCGACAACACACUGAUCGCCRACAUCAAAGAGCGUGGCCGGUUGGUUCAGAAGGAUAUGCUCAUGCACUCCUACCCAUUCUGCUGGAGAUCGAACACCCCCUUGAUUUACAAAACGGUCAGUUCCUGGUUCAUCAAGGUAGAGGAAAUCCGUGAUACCAUCGUGGACAACAACAAAAACGUGCGAUGGGUCCCCGAACACGUCGGAAAGGUUCGAUUCAACAACUGGUUGAAGGACGCCAGAGAUUGGGCCGUGUCGCGCAGUCGAUUUUGGGGAACCCCCCUGCCAAUCUGGACCAACGAGGACUUUAGCGAGAUGAUUUGCAUUGGCAGCAUCGCWCAGCUGGAAGAAUUGUCCGGUGAAAAGGUGACCGACCUCCACCGAGAAUUCGUCGACAAGUUGACGAUUCCUUCCCAGAAAAAUCCUGACGGUCCCCGCCUCAAACGAGUCGACGAGGUCUUUGAUUGCUGGUUUGAAUCCGGCAGCAUGCCCUACGCCCAGAAGCAUUAUCCCUUCGAGAACAAGGAUUCCUUCGAAAACGGAUUCCCUGCAGAUUUCAUCGCGGAAGGGCUUGACCAGACUCGUGGCUGGUUUUAUACCCURAUGAUUCUGUCGACCGCGUUGUUUGGAAAACAAGCGAUGAACAAUGUGAUUGUCAAUGGCCUUGUAUUGGCCGAAGACGGAAAGAAAAUGUCCAAAAGUCUGAAGAAUUACCCCGAUCCUACUAUUGUGAUCAACAAGUAUGGAGCGGAUGCACUAAGAAUGUACUUGAUCAAUUCACCCGUGGUUCGGGCCGAGGAGCUUAAAUUCAAGGAGUCUGGUGURUUGGGCGUCGUUAAGGAGAUGUUCUUGCCACUGUACAACGCRUUCCGAUUCUUCUUGCAGAAUCUAGAACGAUGGGAGUCGGACUCGGGCCGCAAAUUCGUCCCAUCUCUUGAUAUUGUCAAGUCGACAGCCAAUCCUACCGAUAUCUGGAUUUCUGCCGCGACGCAGGGACUCAUCAAGUAUGUUCGUGAGGAGAUGGAGGCGUAUCGAUUAUACACGGUUCUGCCAGCCCUCGUGACUUAUGUGACACAGUUGACGAACUGGUAUGUUCGAUUGAACCGUGACCGUCUCAAGGGAUUAGAAGGCGAAGGCGACGCAGCAGAGAAGGAAGCCGAAACCGGUUUGCAAGUCCUCUACGACGUUUUGUUGGAUGUCACCAUUGUUUUGGGUCCAUUCACGCCCUUUUUGGCUGAGUUCUUCUAUCAACAUCUGCGAAAAUUGCAGCCUUCGUAUGCCGAGGCUGCCAAUGGAGGCGGUAGCGCCAACCCUGUGAAGGUGGGAAAGAGUGAUUCUGUCCACUUUUUGAACCUCCCCGAAUACGACGAAUCCCGUCUCAAUACAGAAGCUGUGGAAGCGAUGGAAGCAUUGCAGACUAUUGUUGAGCAGGGACGAAAUGUCAGAGAAAAGCGAACCAUCAGUCUCAGAACCCCUAUCAAGUCUGUUGUCGCAAUUCUUCGCAAACCCCCCASCCAUGUCAUCGAUGGACUUACAGGCCCGCUCAAAAAAUACAUUCUUUCCGAGCUCAAUGCUUGGGAUUUCCAGGUUAUUCCAGAGGAAGAGCAACACAAUUGGGUUACCCUUGCUUUGACACCGAACUUCAAGGUCUUGGGAAAGAAGGUCGGUAAGAAGAUGAAGGCCAUUACUGCUGCUGUUAAGAAGAUGACUCAUACAGAAGCAGUGAAGUGUUUAGAGGAAGGAAAGCUCGUUGUUGACGAUGUUGAGCUUGAUACCGCAUCCGAAUUGAUUUCCAAACUGAGUUUCUCGAAGGAAGGAGACCACUGGGAAUCGAUCGCAUCUGCUGACGGUGCGACRGUUGUCGCGAUUGACGCCACUCAAGAUGACGCGAUCCUUUCUGCCGGUAUGGCUCGGGAAGUGAUCAAUCAUAUCCAACAGCUUCGAAAGGCUGCUGGACUGGAGCUGAAGGAUGUUGUCGAAGUAUUUUUCCACGAGGAAGAUGGUGUCACCACAACCGAGAACGCCGUGUCKAACAAURUCGCAACAUUGGAUGCUAAGUUCAAGGGUUCUAUUCCAUUGCCGAAACGCUUUGCUCCAUCAUGGAGUAUCGUGUURAAGGCAGACACGGUUGACGUCGGCGGAUCGAAAGUUACCAUCUCAGUGUGCCGUCCUGCAAUUGCUGUCAAGGACUCCUUGGACGAAAUGGUAGCCAAUGUUUUGGCAACAAAGGAACCUUCAGAUUUUGCAAAGGGUGCAUCUUUUACGUGCUCAGUCGACGGGAAGAGCUAUGAAUUAAAGGAGGGCGAAGAUUUUUGGCUUUCAACCGUUGCCAAGGCACGAUCGACCAAGGCAGUCAGCUGGAUCGCUUAAUUACUUUCAUACAUAGAAAAAUUCAAUAUGACACUAUUGCCAUUAGCUAACAUUA